CUGGUGUCCAGAAGGUUGCUCCUGCCGGAAGUGGAGGCAGUCCACGGCGGGUGGGGGCGGUGUCGAAAACUCCGCACGCGGUGUUUGUUGAAGGCUCCGGGCUUGGCUCUGGGGGUGGCUCUUGGUCCUCUGAGUUGGAGGCUGCCUCGGCGGCGGCGGCAAGGGGGAGGUGAUGCCCCGUUACUAUGAGGACAAGCCGAAGGAUUACGGCGCAUGCGCCGGGUUGAAGGAGGAUCUGGGGGCGUGCCUACUGCAGUCGGACUGUGUGCUCAAGGAAGGAAAAACUCCUCGACAGUGUUUGAAGGAAGGAAACUGCAAAGCUUUGAAAUAUUCAUUCUUUGAAUGCAAAAGGUCAAUGUUGGAUACCAGAUCAAGAUUCAGAGGAAGAAAAGGAUAUUGACGCUUUUCUCUUAGAACCAAGAUUGAAACAACAUGGGUUCAUCAUUUAGAAAGCAUGGCUAUAUUUUCACUUCAUACAUUCAGUUGAACAAUUUUGUCAUUGUUUUUUAAGGGAAAAAAGAAAUGAAUCCUGCUUUUUGAACACUGACGGAAAUUGAUCUGUGUUCAGCUUAAUUAAACAGAUGUAAAAUAUGCGUAUAAUAAAUUUUCAGAAUUCUAAACAAAUUAAUUUUUAGAAAAUUUAUUCAAAUGACAAAGACCAUAUUUCUAAUAAUACUAGCUAGAUCAGUGAUAUAAUGGAUGCUGCAAACAUAACUUGGAACUGAGUGGGAAAAUGUACAGAAAGUUUACUUAAAUCGUUCUCUUUUUUUGUCCUCAAACUUCUAAGGUUUAAAUAUAGAGAGUUGUGUUCAGCUUCUUGGAGAGAUAAUUAUAUAUUCCUAGUUGAUCACUUUGAGAAUUUAAAAAAAAACUUUACCCUCAGUUAUGUUUUAACUUGAAAUAACAAAGUCAUCUUUUUAGUUAAUUUUGUUAAUUUUUUUGAAGAAAGUGGACUGCUAUUCUAUUUUUUAAAAAGUUAUUAGGAAAGUAACAAUUUCUGUUCUAAUCAUCAGCUUGAACAACAGUAACAAAAAGUUAUUUUUUUAAAAAAAAGACCUGGCUAGACUUGAGAAUAGAUGAUAAAAGUUGUAUACCCAAGGUAAGAUGGAUUUUUAAAAGUAAUUAAAAUGAAAAAAUUAUCUUCAGCAUUAGAGAAUAAGUGUAGAAACUAAAGUAUUACUUUAAAAACUUGAGAUCAUAGCAGUUAGUCACUAGUCUCUGCUUUGAUAUAUUACAAAAGGACUGUUUUUUUCUAGUGUAAAAGUGAAAGUUUAAAAAACUUUUUCUUUGAUAGACCCUAUGUAAUCUGUGUGAAAGUUGUCUGUGUCAUCUCCCCGUAUUAUUCUCUUGUCCUUCCACAGAUGCUCCCUAGAGGAGCAUCAAAUGCACGGAGGGCCUUCCUCCUGUUCUUUUUAACGUCUGGAAGAUGCCAUUAUAGAACUCUGGCUAUCUGGGUGUUGUCUUUCAUUCUUACUACCUGCCUAGUCAGUCUUUUAUUCUCAUCUUUUCCUAAGUGAUAUUUUUUAUGGUCCUUCUGACAUGCAAAUUAAGGUCUACUUAUUUAGAUUGUCAUCAUCAUUGAUGAUAUGUCAUAUGAUUAGAGGAAUAUUGUGUUAAAGAGAUGGAUUUUUGCAGCACUGAGCAGCUUGGGAUCCCUUUGGAUUCCCAAAUACUAUCUAACCCAGUUUUCUCCUGCUCUCAGAUCUAGGCCAAACUCACUGCCUCAUUGUAGUUCCCCUUCAAGAUAUUGAGUAUGUUUAAAGAAGUUAAAUUGAUACAGCAUUCCUAAAAAAUGAUGAGAAUCAUGUGUCCUGUACUUAAGGACAGAUUUCUCCUUUGAAGGAGGCAGAUGUCAUCAGUCACAAAAUAGCAUUUGUUAAAGCAGCCACAAUUUGCCAAGAGGCUAUUUUAUAGAGUUAGGAAAAACUAUGUUUCUUUCUUCAUUCAGCAGACAUAUAGAAAUAAUCCAAUUCAAAUAUAUCCUUUGUGUAUGGCAGUGCUAGACCUCUUUUAUCUAGCUUUUUUAGGGAAUAAGGUGUUCCAUAUAAGUGAAUUUUCUGAAUAAGUAUAAAUAUCCUUUUAAAUUACCCAAUUUUAAUACUUCCUGGUUUCUUAGAGCAUACUGGACAUCAAUUCAAUUCCAAAAGCAUUUAUUAAGUAACUCUUUUGUGAAAGAUACUUUAUUAAGAAUUGGGGAUACAGAGAUGAAAUACAAUACAGUUCCUGCACACAAAGAAAUGAUAAUCUGUGUAUAUUAGCAAUAAUAAAGUAAUAUGUAUUUUUAUAUGCUUAUUAUAAGUGUAUUUAAAAUAUUUCUCUGCAGGAAAUAAUGAUAUUAACAUUUUCUUAAUGACAGUGUCAUUCUCAAUUAUUUCAUUCAGAAGAAAAUAGUGAUGACUUAAAGAGCUCUUGAGUAACAUAGUAACACUUUGCCCCUGUACCAAAUGACCUCAGUAUGUUAUUUUUAAUACAUCCUGCUUUUUGCAACUUUUCUGCCUUCCCUACCAAACUGUCAGUAUAUCUACCUCCAAAACCCCCAUAUUCCUUACUCCUUUUAUUUCUUGUAUCUAAACUACUGCUGUUUGAUGACAUAAAAUGGAAAAAAAAUUUGCAAAACAAAAUUAGUGCAAUUAAAAUUAAAAGAGAAACUCAACUGAGAGAAAAACUUGCAAAUUUCUUGGAGAAAGUUUGCUAUCCAAGAUGGGUAUGUGUAUAUACACAUAUAUAUAUGGAAUUCAUAGAAACAUGAGAGCAAGAAUCAUUCUUCAAUAGAUAGAGGAUAUCAGCAGGCACUUUUCAGAGGGAAAAAAGGCAAGCUACCAACAACCAUAAAAAAAAAUGCUUCAAAAUACUAGGAGAAAUACAAGUUAAAACCACUUUGGUCCCCCAGAAUGUUUGUUGGAUUGGCAAAGAUAACAAAGUUCCACCUGGAGGAACCGUGAGAAGCACACUAAUGCACUUUUGGUGAAUCAAUAGUUCAACCAUUCUGGAAAGCAUUUUGGAUCUACAUCCCAAAAGUCACUGAACAUGCCUACCCUUUGGCCCUUUGAAACCAUAUGAGGCUUAUACACUAAAGAGACAGCAGGGUAUAAUGGAAAGAUUACUGGACUUAGAGGCAGAAAGACAUGAGUUCUAAUAUUGCCUCACAAACUUAGUAGCUAUGUGAAUGAGUUAUUUAAACUUUGGACAUCAGUUCCCUCAUUUGUAAAGUGAGGAGAUUAGACUUGAAAGCUUCUAAGGACUCUUUCAAAUCUAAAUCUGAUCUAAGAUCCUAUGAGGAAAAGAGAGAAAAUACACAUAUAAAAUAUUUGUAGCCACUCUUUUUAUUAUAGCAAAGAACAAUAAAUUCUCCAUUAGUUGGGGAUAGCAAAAGAAAUUAUGGCAAAUGAAUAUAGUAUAAUAUUAUUGCACCCUAACAAAGAAGGGUGGGAUUUAUUUUGGGUGAUUGUCCCUAUUUAUUACAAGAUAGUGCUUUUAUUUUACUCUUCAUUUGAAGGCAGAGUUAGGGAGUGAGUGGUAAGAAUGGCAAUAGUAAUACUUUAAGGAAGAAAAGAAAGAAAAAA